AUUCCCAAAACCCAGCCGAGACCUCCGCGCCUCGCUUCCUCCUCCCAGGCCCUCCCUGCCCGGUGUCCGCCCCUCCCGGUGCAGCUCCGCCCCCAUCCCGAGGCGGGGCCCCGAAGGUGGAGGGAAGUGGGAGAGGUCGCAGCCCCACCUCCUCUACAGGAAAGCUCAGUGGCCCCCAUGCCAGGAUGUCCCAAGCUUGGGUCCCCGGCCUCGCGCCCACCUUGCUGCUCAGCUUGCUGGCUGGCCCCCAAAAGGUUGUAGCCAGAUGUGGUCUCUUCCUCACCUGCCCCAAAGGAUUCAAAUGCUGUGGCGACAGCUGCUGCCAGGAGAAUGACAUCUUCACUGGCCCUGUGAGGAUCUUCAUCAUCACCUUCCUGGUCGUCGUGUCCCUCUUUUGCAUCUGUGGCCUGGCUAAGUGUUUCUGUCGCAACUGCAAAGAGCUGGAGCCAGACACCCCAGUGGAUUGCCGGGGGCCCCUGGAACUGCCUUCCAUCAUCCCCCCAGAGAGGGUCAGAGCACCCCUCUCUGCAUCCCCACCCCCCUACAGUGAGGUGAUUCUGAAGCCCACCUUGGGCCCAACUCCCACAGAGCCACCCCCUCCCUACAGCCCCUACAGCUUUAGGCCUGAAGAAUAUACCAGGGACCAGAGGGGCAUUGACAACCCAGCCUUCUGAGUCAUCUCCUGCCUGGAAUCCUGCCAUCAGCAGCCUUCUCCCCAGUGGACCCUGGAUCAAGCCAGAGACUGCUGGCACCCCAGGAGUGCCCCUGCCCGACCUGCCACGUCUCCGUUCAUUCUCGGAUUUAACUUACUGCUUUUUCUGCUUCUGUUUCCACCCCAGCUGCCUCUCUUGUCCUAAGGGUUAGGCUGGAGUGACAGUAUCGGCCCACCCCCCAACCCAAGAAAGAGGCUGCCAGGAGGAGAAUGCCAGCCAUUGGAGGUGCCCAACAGGAGAAUGGGCUACUCUGAGGGGUAGUAAGAGCCCCAUUUCUGGAGGCAUGCAAAUCUUGACUGGACAGCCAGCUCUGAGAUUUUAUCAGGGCACUUCUCUACCUGUGGGAGAUUGAACUGGAUGAGCUCUGAACCAGCUUCCAGGACUACCUGAAUAGAGAACUCAUUGUACCCACCCCAACACAUGAUAAACACAUGUCCUCACUGAA